GUGAAUUUCGUGCUAUCAAGGGCGCUCUAUAUCACAAUACCAGUCAGUAAACCAAUUCCUGUUUUCUCUGAUGAAAGUGCACUGACCUCAUGUGCCAAUCACCACUUCAUCCAUUCCUUCUCAAGCUCCCGAAAUGUGAACACCACAUCCAUCUCGAGGGUGCUUUGACUCCUCAGCUGGUCUUUCAUCUUGCCAACAAGAAUGCUAUUCCUCUUCCGAAUUUACCGCACUACCAGAGCCCUGAGGCUUUGGCAGCUAGAUAUGAGGCAUUUGACAGCCUCGAUGACUUCCUGAACAUCCACUACGCCAAUAUGUCUGUCUUGAUCACCGAGAAUGACUUUUACGAGUUGGCCUGGUCUUAUUUUCGUGCUGCCUACGCUGAUGGAGUUCAUCACGCAGAGGUCUUCUUCGACCCUCAGUCUCACACCUCGCGCAGUAUCCCUAUAGCAUCAGUCAUCAAUGGUUAUAAGCGCGCUCUAGACCGGGCAGGAUCUGAAUUAGGGGUCACAUCUCGCCUCAUCAUGUGCUUUCUUCGGCACUUGCCUGUACCAUCAGCCCAUGCUACCUUUGACUCCGCAACAGAGUUUAUCCACGAUGGAACAAUUCAUGCGGUUGGGCUAGACUCCUCUGAAGUUGGAUUUCCUCCAGAGCUUUUCACCGACGUGUUUCGGAAAGCCAAGGAUGCCGGUCUGCAGCGUACGGCUCAUGGGGGCGAGGAAGGCGACAUCUCUUAUAUCAAGGGGGCUCUCGAUUCAUUGAAAGUGGACCGAAUCGACCAUGGGAUUCGAUUAAUUGAGGAUCGAGAACUUAUGAAAGCUAUCGCUGCAAAAGGAACCCUGCUUACCAUCUGCCCUCUAUCAAAUGUCUACUUACGGACAACAAAGUCCAUCGCUUCUCUGCCGCUUCGAGAGUUCUUAGAGGCCGGGGUGCAGUUCUCGUUGCACAGCGAUGAUCCGGCUUAUUUUGGUGGUGGGAUAUUGAACAAUUACUGUGCUGUAGAAGAAGCCUUUGGCUUUAACAUUGAUGAGUGGAAAACUAUCGCGAUUGCAGGGGUGCAGGGAAGUUGGAUUGACAAGGCGAGAAAGAAAGCUCUCGUGGCAAAGAUAGAAGACGUUGUUUGUGAGUUUAUAUCAAGGGACUAGGAACCAGACGAAAUCUCAACAGUCGGUCCUGAGAUUCAGAGAUUCAGGCAAGUAACAAGAAUUAGAAUAGAUCUAUCUCACUUCUCUUUACAAGUGAGCUGUGUGUUUAAUGUGACCUUGAUUACGACAGAGGGUAGCACUAAGCAAACACCACUAUAAUAUGUCACCAAUACUGGCGUAUAUACCUGAUACAGUAGGACAUAAAUCAAUGGGACACUAUUUACU